GUCAUGUAUGUCGGAGGUUGCAGACUAUCGUGAGGCGGAGCUGUCUUCGGGCGGGAGAGGCGAAGAGGGACGGAGGGGGGACGGGUGGCGACGGGAGAGAGAGGGGGGCCGAGGGGUCGGGAGCGAGGGCGGUUUGGCUGUCGACGAGUGCGCAAGAACGUCGCCGAGCAGAAGAGAGGGGCGCGAGGUCGAGCCCGCGGAGGGCGGUCGAGGCGCGUGGAGGGGCGGCCGCGCGUCGGAGAGGACAAGAGGCGAGGACGACUUGAGGGGCGCGAGUCGUCACGGCUGCAGAUGGGAAGACGAGUCGCGCGGGAUGCGCGACGGCGAAGGAGAGAGGCGUUGGUAUGGCGAAAGCCGACGCGACGGGGGGAGGUGGGAAGAGGGGGGCGGCGGUGGUUCGGACAGGCGCAGGGAUGAUCACUGCAGACGUGACGAGAGGAGGGAGAAAGAAGGCGGUGCUGAGGAGGAGCGGGGCAGGGUUUACGGAAGUUCUCAUGGUCGAAGAAAGCGCACUCAGUACGAAGAAGACGACCGAUGGAACAGGAAGCACAUAAGGCCUUGGAAUGAGGAUGGAGGCGAGUCGAGUUCUAGAGGAGGGGGUCGCGCGAAUGGGGACGAGGAGGGUCGAAGGUGGAGAGGAGACGAUGGAGGCGGUCGCCUUGGGCGCGCUUGCGUGUUAGAGGACAGAUUGGACGCCGGCAACAGAUGGAAGGGAGAUUCUCCCGUCGGGAGGGACUCGCGCGCGCUGAGACUGUCUCCUGAUCACGUUGCACUGAGCGAUUCGAACGGGUCGAGUGGCGAUUACAGGGCGAGUUCGAGAAUUCUGCUGGAGGGAUAUACAAACGAGAACAAUCCGUUCAAUGAUUCUCAGUUGGACAAGCCUUUUUACUGGAAGCUAAGGGAAGAGCAGCUGGAGAACUCGGGGGUGAAACGGAAGUUGUCCGCGGAAGAGGAAAGGGUUCGAAGAGCCAAUUUAGAGCGCGAAAUUUUGCUACUUCGUCGCCACCGAAUAGAGCGAGACAUCGAGGAGAGCACGUGGGAGGCCGAGCAGGCGCGCCUGGCAAGGGAGCGCGAGCAGUUGAACGCGGCCGGGUGGGAGCAAGACGAAGACCGCUUCUUGCUGACGCAGUUGAAGAUGCGCGCGUUGAACCGCCUGAUUGACAGUCGAGCGCAGGUGAUUGACCUGCUGUUUCUGGUGUAUUCGGUGUAUGUAAGGAAGUGGUACCAGAGCCGCGGCAGGGAGUUCCCGGCGCCGAAGACGAACUUGGAGCAGCAGUUGCAACAGAUAGAGAACGGUUUGAUUUUGCCGAAGGACUUGCCGUCUCCGUUGAAGUUGGUGUUGGAGAUAUCGAAGAAGGAGGAGCUGCAGUCGCUGGUGAAGGAGAUGAAGCUGUUCUACGUGGUGGAGUCGAUUAUGGAGAUGAUGGAGAGAGGAGAGGACAAGAAGUACGAGAGCGUGGCCGACCAGAAGAGCCGCCUUAAUCGCGAGUUGGAUCAGAUGGUGUGUGAGGGAGGUUACGGCGACGCGAAUCCGCAGGGAGAGUCGAGGCCUCAGGAAGCGCCGCCGGACGACAUGCCGGACUCGAACUUGGGUCCCGGGAGCUACUGGAGCGCGCUGUUGCUGCUGGUGGAAGAGCGAGCGGCGGACCUGCAGGCGGGUGGAGACGGCGUGUCAAGGUACGAGGACACGAUGUUGCCCGUGAUCAAGCAGAGAAACGACGCGAUACUGAGCGGGAAGACGCUUUUCGAAUUGAGGGAUCUGGAACGCCAAGUGAAGGCGACGCUGCAGUCAGACGAGAUCCUGGACGAGGAGUAUUGGCGCGCGCUGUUGAGUCGAAUAGGCGUGUUCAAGGCGCGAGCGCACGUGGACAGCAUACACCAAUGCGUCUUGAAAGAGGUGAAGAAGGAGAAGAAGGAGAGCGCGGAGAAAUCUCUAUUGACGGUUCCUCGUCGGUUGGACGCAUCUGCUUAUAUUCGAGAGGCCGCCUCUACCGACGAUUCGAGCAAGAGCCUCGUGAGCGCGUCGAAGGGUCUAGAAGGAGCCGGUCCGAUGCAGGAUUCGUCGUCCCUUCAGAUUUUCUAUCCUAGUUUCGACUUGGCCACCGACGUCCUUUACCCAUCCGAAUCUCUGGACGAAGAGACGAUUUACCAGAUAGAAAAGGCGCAGGGACUCGGCGCCAACGAAGAAGAGUUUCUGGAGGAGAGCGGCUGUCCGGACCAAGACAAGUCGUACAACGAGCUGCGCAAAGUUCUGGCGUCUUAUUCGUUCGACGACAAGUACCGUCCGAGGAAGCCCAAAUACUUCAAUCGCAUCAAGACCGGGUACGAGUGGACCAAGUACAACCAAAUCCACUACGACACCGAUAACCCGCCUCCAAAGGUCGUGCAAGGGUACAAAUUCACUCUGUUUUACACCGACCUGAUCGACCCCACCAAGCCGCCCACCUACAGCAUCGAAAAGUCGGAUUCUCCGGACUUCGUUAACCUGCGCUUCAAGGCCGGGCCGCCCUACUUGGACAUCGCCUUCCGCAUCGUCAACAAGGAGUGGAACGUUUCCCACAAAUACGGAUUCAAGUGUCUCUUCUCUCGCGGCGUUCUUUAUUUGUGGUUCAACUUCAAACGCCUGCGCUACAGAAGGUGAAGGGCCCUCUCGCCAUGCGGCCGGUCCGCGCCUCGCGUCGCCCUCCCGCGCUACGGGAGGGGACGAGCCGCUAGAGCCGCCUUCGCAUUGUCCCCACGCUCCGAAAAUACGCAUGUUUUGUUUGAAUGACAGAUACAGGUUGACAGCUUGUCAGUGAACACCGCAUCUCUCGCUCCUUUUUUUUUUGGCCGUUCCCGUUGGCCGGCCGCGACGCGUUCAGCGCGAGUUGGCCCGGGCCGAGUCCCCCGGGGGAGAGAGGGGCAGGGCGCGUGGCUCUCUGGAGAACGCGGGGGCGGGUUGGAGCGCGAGAGCGCCUCUGAGGGGCGACGAGGCCCGCUGUUCGAGGGGGUCCGAGCUGGCAGUCGGAGCGAGUUGGUGACGGUGCGCGCGCGAGGUUGGGGGAGUUGCGGCGAGAGUUUGGCAGAGCUCGGUGCUGGAUCGGUGCGCGAAUGUUGUACCGCUUAAAAAAAAACAGAGGUUCGGAAUUUGUAA